AUGAUGUACUAUUUUGGAAAGAACUACAUCCUAAACCUACAGUCCUUAAGAGUGAAGACAGCCUCGGGCCCUCAGGCCUUCCCGGGCCUGGGUCCUGUGGCCACCUCCUCGCUCCUGACAGAAAGGACGCACGCAGCGCGAGCCACCUCGCUCUCUCCCGACGGCCUGUGCCUCCAAGGCCUCCGCCGCGCCUUCGACCAAUCACGGAGCCGCCAGUCUUCCCGCCCCCGCCCUGAGACCCCGCCUCCGGAUUGGCGGGCCGCGCCGGCCCACAAACAGUACCGGGGGCGGGCCGAGCGACGCAGCCGGGACGGAGCCCUGGCGCGCCCUCCCCCCCUCCCCGGUCUGGUAGGGCGAAGGAGCGGGCGUGCGGUCGAUCGAGCGAUCGGUUGGCGGCUCUUCCUCCUGCUCUGGCAUCCAGCUCUUGGGGCGCAGGCCCGGCCGCCGCGGCGCGCGCCCGGUGGCCGCUGGCGCUCGCGCCGCGUCUUUCUUCUCGUACGCAGAACUCGGGCGGCGGCCUAUGCGUUUGCGAUUCGACGAGGAGUCGUCCGGGUGGUUGGCGGCGGGGGGCAGCUGCUCCGCCCCGCUCCCGGGGAGGCGGCGGGGGUGGCUGGGGUGGCCGGGGCCGGCCUGGAGGCCUGGCGCCACCCUUCCGGGCCUGCUAGGACCCAGUUGGAGGGACAGGAGGGAGCUGGAGGAUGGUUGGUGGUGGGCUUUCUCCUUUGCCUUUUCCUGCUUAUGCCACCUUAGUGGGGGGCCGGGAGCUCUGGCGGCAGCUCCGGGGUGGGGAUUCGAGCUCCGGAGUCGGAAGAUCUGGGUUUGCUUCCGGGCCUAGCCACCCGCUGGCCGAGUGACCUUAGGCAAGUCACUCUGUAAUUUGUCCGCGCCUCAGUUUCCUCCUCUGCCUAUCAGUGUGUGUAUGGGAUUGAAAGCGCUUCACACAAGCGUCAGUUUACAUAAAGGAUGAUUAUUGUUUGUAUUUUUUCUUUGAGUUGCAAGAAGACUUAGCAAUUGCUCAUUCCCUGAAAUUAGGUCCGGGAACCUUUUAUUGGAGUUGGAGAUCGGCAGGCUCCUUGAAUUUGUGUGCAGAAACAUGUGGGAGAGUGCAUUCUAGGGGAAUGAGCGCAUCCAUCGAUAGCAAGUUUUCAAAGGGGGCUAGGACCCAGCAGAGUUUAGAACAAUUCAUGCCACCAAGGGGAAACUGAGGCCUCCAUGUCAUUUGGGACCCUUCACAACCAAUUUGAAGCCCCCGUUUUAGUCCCUGGUAUAUGUGAGCUGCUUCUUAAUGCAUAAUGGCUAUUUCGGGUAACAUCAUUUCACUGCUUGGCUUCUAUUCUAAGCCCUUUCCUCUCACCGUAGGGUGCCUGAAGGGUGGCUGAUACAUAUGGUACAAUGGCACCCAAUAUAAAGCAGCUACAAUUAGGAGUGAAUGUGUUCUGUAGUAUCAAGAAAUGUAAUCUUUGGCCCAGCAAUUGUUUUUCUGCUGCUUGUACUGGUGCCUGACUACUUUUCUUUCAUUGACCAUUUUCUACGACCAUAAUAGACAUCCAUCGUUUGCUCCUAUUUUGUAUCCCUGGUUUGCGUGGUUGAUAGUGAACAGGCUUAUUUUUAAAUGGUGCUGCCAAACCCAGCUAAUGGUGCAGGUGGAUUUUUAGCAAGCGGGCUCCCUGGAAAAGACUGAACCAGGCAUUGGAUUCCUGAAGAUGUUUGGGGUUAUUUUUUGGUUUGGUUUGUUUGGUUUGGUUCUUAUUAUUAAUUGAAGGUUAACAGUCUCUGAAAAGUUUUGUUGGACUCUGGCUGAACCACAAAAUCAGUAUAUUUGGAAGUAAUCUGAAGCUUAACUUUUUCCUGGCCAGCCUUGUAUUCUAAUUGCUUGCAAGUGUGAGACUGAAAUGGCCAAAAUGCCGUGUUUUGUUUUGUUUUUUUUUAUUUCUCUGUUAAUUGUCAGCUGCUUUUCUUAAAUUCCAGGCCAUUAUCCAGCAAACACUAUAAAGAUGUUUGAACAGUUGCAUUUCAAACAUUUUCGUUUUGUGGAGUGGUGCUUAUCAAGUGGUACAGCUCUCGAAGCAAGUGAACACAAACAUAUUUAAGUGUAUUUUGUAUGAUUAGAGGUUACCAAUUCUGAUAUUUUAUUCAAAUGUCUAAAAAAGUAAGUUGACUAUUCCCUUUACCAAAGGGCCAGAGACAAAUGAUUUCCCUUCAAGAGAAAUGACUGUUUUGGAGAAAAAUGUGUUGGUCUUAGUUCUUUUGUAAUUAAAUCUGGAUGUACCUCAAAAGACUCUUUAAGACUGUGGUGUUAAAAGGCUUUCCUCUGGAGAAAGGAGAAAAGAAAAAAGAAAAAUCAACUGGAACUUAAAAGCUUGAAAUUCCGUGACAAAACACAGAUGUCCAGGAUUGGAGGUUCAUGAAGUGUUUGCAGUAGUUGGAGUGGAUACACUUUUCAGUGUAGCUGCCACUGUGGACUCCAGGUUUCCAGAUUUUCAAUCACCUGUGACCCUGAAGAGCUUGUCAAGAUGUGGCAGGAACUCUGGAGGUCGAUGGUUCGUGUUUUUCAAGUUUGGAACUGUGGAUCUUGCUGUGAAUAAAGAGGCAACAAGUCACCAAGCACUGCCACCAGCACUGUUACUGGGAAUUUGAAGACCCCGGUUUCUGUCCAGACCCUCAGUGCAAACUGACACCACUGCAUCCAAAGUGAACUACGUCCUGUGCCUCCUGAUUGCUGAGUGUUCACCUGGAACCUCUGAUGACCUUCUGCUAGUCCAUCAGCCUGCAGACCUGGUACCUGGAUUUUUGUCCACAGUGAUUCCUACCACCUUACUACUGAAGAAGACACCAUUCCAGUGGACCACUGUGACCCAAGAAGCAUUCAACCAUCAUGAUGUGACCUUUACCUCCACUCCUGUUCUACUCUGCCCAGAUUCAGCACAGCCCUUUAUAGUGCAGUCAAGAGUCUUCAAGCCAAAUAACUGAAGCUAUUUUAUCACAACAAAGGCCAAGUUUAUUCCAUAAAUGUACAGUUCAUUUCUGCAGUUAAAAGUCUUCAGAGACACAUAGUAAACUUGGACCGGGGGAUUUUGUGUUUUGUUUUGUUUUUAAAUUGUCAACACUGUCUGAAAAUGGCAUCAUCUCUGAGAACAGCAUUGGAACCUACUCCACAAUCUCAAAUGACUGACAUUUGAACGAACUGCCUAGGAUCCUGUCAAGGUCACUGGACUCUUGUUUUUUUCCAUACUUCAAAUCUGUAGCUGUCUACUGAAAUGAGAAAGCAGAUAUUCUGACCCACUGGGAUCAAAACCAAGGCAUAUUGAAUUCCUCAUAGUAUCAUCUUUGGGUUACUCAGGAACCAAAAUUUUUCACCGAUUUAAGAAAUUCUACUAAGGAAUCCCUUUACCUAACCAUCUCACAAGGCUUCAACCCAGAUUCCAGAAAAGACCUUGAUACAUCAAGAUAGAACUUAUAUGCAUUUUGUGAACAGCUUAUCCUUAUCACUGAUUUUCCAAAGGCUUUGUGCUCAUGAAGUCCUUUGAAGGAAAGCUACAUGGAAGUCCAGAGUAAAGUGAAGCCGCUCUGGAUGAAGUUAUGAAGCAGGAGUAGGGGUCUGCAGCCUGCCACAACUGUCUGUCCUCCUUUACCACCAUGGUGACACCUAAAGGGACCUCCUUAAGUAAAAUUCUUCAGAAAAUACUGCUUGAAACCACUACCCAAGACAACAUGUUUGACCUGAAUGACAUUCUGACCUUUUAGGUACUUUCAACUCUAUAUAGUUCAUAUUCAGUUGAUGCUGAGCAUGUUUGGAGAUGGAUAUGCCUUUGUCCAGAGAACGAUCAUACAGCGUUGUCAAGUGAAAUUUUAUUAAUAGCAUUCCAUCCAAGGUGGACUUCCUGGAGUUGGAUAUAGCCAGAGAGCAAUUCAUGUGUAUCCUACACCGAAGAACCGCAUUAACUUUCACAAACCUGUAACUAGUGGUACUGGACGUACGUGACUUGGAAGUCUUGGAACUUGGAUAUACGAAUUUGCCUGAAAGCUGGUUUUGAAGCUGAUGCCUCAUUGAGGCCAUCUUAGACCAAGUUGUUCAUUUGAUCUCUCCUCAUUAACUAUGGUAUUCCAUGUACAAAGGAUAACCAUUGACUGUGAAGCAAAAUCCAAAUACAGUUUUUCCUAAAGGGCCUUGCAACCUGGUUAUCAUUCACUGUCUCAAAUUUCAAGUCAUGUGACUCAACUACUAGUAAUUAAACUGCUCCAUGGUUUUCUGUUAUUUAAUAGCUACUGUUUACAGGGCUUAAAAAAACAAAUUCCUCCAACGUGUAUUUCUGCCUAUUCAAAAUUAAUUUAACUACUCACCUCUACAUGGAACAGAUGAUCCUGAAGACAUACUCUGAACGUCCUUUAUCAUAUAUGUGACUUAAAAUAUAGCUGGAAAAUUUUCCUCUACCCAGUGAGAUAUUCCUUAAUGAUUAUACUCCAUGCCUGGUACCAUCAGCUGUAUGUGAUAGGCAUAGUUGGACACAGAUUCUUUGACUCUAGGCCAUGAUAACUUGCUAGGCAUUUCAAGUAGCAUAUUGUCAACCUAUUUGCUGGAAAAGUAGACUAACUUGGAAAAAAAAAAUCUAUAAAUGGCAGCUAAGGAUUUUUUCAGUAUUCUUGAGUUUCUGUCCUUGUGGAUAUUAUAAUGGAAUUUCAUCUAUAUCAUACUAUCACUUUACACUAGUUCAGAGUGGCUGACUUUAUUCCUUACUAUGAAGUAUUCUUAAGACAUUAAGAUUGUUUCUCUGUAGAAAGGAUAAAAUUCCUAUAACAAGACUUUAAUUUGUGACCUGAGAAAAUCUCAUUCCUCAACUUCAUAGUCAAUUUAUGGGCCAACUACCAGAGCUACUCUUGAGUGCAUUGAGUAAACAUUGGAACUGCCUCCUUUAUAUCCUUGUUUCUAUCCCUUAACCAUGGUUAUGUGAUUCUUACACAAAUCAGCAAAUCAGACUUAGAUCUGUUUAUUCUAAACUGCUCACAGUCAGCAAAUCAAAAUCUGGAUGACUUCUGCUUGUAUAUGCAACUAUUACUUGUAAAGAAGAAAUUACAGAUUCACUUUUCUAUUACCUCUACAUUAUUAGUUCUUUUUCUUUUAAAUGUAUUUGCAGAAGAAAAAAAUGAAAAGUCUACACUGCCAGUCAUAUCCUCUAAUCCUGCCAUACUCAGUUAAAAUGAAGAAUCAAGAAUCUAAUCAGUGAUUGGAUAAGUAGAAAAAACUAAAACUUAAGGCAAAAGCCUUAAUCUUGGGCCUUGUCUACUGUCUUCAUGCCUCGGAGCUCAUCUAAAUCUUAAAACAGUGCCACCCAACCAGUCUGAGGCCUUGACUUGCCUUUAAGAUGAUUCUUGGAGAUGGGCUGUAUUACAGAAGGUGAAGACUUGAUUACCAAAGAAAGUAGAGCCAACUACGACAAACCUGGCUCUACGGUCCUGUUGCUCCCAGAUGUAGCAUAGACUUCUAACUAGAACCUCGAGUCUGCAUUGAGGAUAUAGCCUUCUAAGCUGACAGUUCUUGCACAGAUGAGCAGGAAAAUGAAAGCUGCUAUACCCAACUGGCCCUUUAAGAUCCAAAAAAUUAUGUCUGGAGUAAACCCUAUGGAGUACCCAGGACAAAAACUAAUUUACAGAGCUUCGUUGUUAAACUGCCUGUUCCUUCAGAUUAUAGCUUAACUGUUGGUAUGGCUGGCCCUGCUGAAGUUAUUCUUGUCUUUACUUGUCUUCAGCUCCUUAACCUGCCUGUUUUGACAUGCUACUGCAAUCAGACUAACUGGCCUUGAGAAGACUACAGUCAGUUUCAGCCUCUCUUGUGCCCAGUUCCAUCAAGGAAUUUUGAACAGAAGGAACCUGUACCUCACCCAUCCAGAACUAAGUUCACCUUAACGAGACAUAGAGCAACACCAGAACUUUACCACUGAACUUAAUUUGCAACUAACUCAAAUAGCCUCACAGAUCUGUUUGCCAAGUAGAAUGGUUUUCCUGCUUCACAUCACCAAUGUAGUGGGGCACUGAUAAAUCUGACUUGAAUGGAAACCCUAUGGUGAAUCCUUGAGUAUGAUGCUAAUGAAAAUUACUGUUCAUUCGAGCGAAUUGUAGGCUUCCUGGUGACAGGAUAGACAUCACUCCUGGUGAUUUUUAGAAUUCGAUUACCAAGGAAGAAAUGCCAGCUACUAUAAGUCAACUUUAUAGGCAAAGAUUAAGCUCACUGUACCUGGUCCUUUCCUGGAUGUCGUUUUUUUAUUUGCCCAGUGUCCAUUCCAUCUAACUAUAACAACUUCUGAUGUUUUUUGGAACCAUCUCUUCCAAUUUUCAGUCCACGUGGUGUAGACAGUUGUUGAAUCUUGUGCUGGACAAGUUAUUCCAACCUCAUCAAUCAGCAAAGUCCAUCUUGACUCUAGUGAUUGGUUCAGGAAUGGAUGCAUGAUUCAAGUUUGUCCAAUGAUAAUCAACCCUAGGCGUUUUACUCAGUUGUGGAAAUGUUCUCUUUACUUAGAUGCUUUAGCUUUGUAGAAGAAAAACUCAAAACCAACAGGGCCUACUAUGUUGAAUGAGCCAGGCAGAAAAUGAAGCCAGUUCAGAGGGAAACAGCCAAAAGAGGGAAAGACUUGAGUUCUGAUGACGUUUAUGCCCCUGGAUCCAACCGUGCCUGAAGCUAGUGAUAUAUCCCCUGGACUUUGCAGUUAUGUGAACCAAUAAAUACCCUUUUUUGUUGAA